GAAAAAAAGUAAUAUAAAGGUACAUUAGAUAUACUAUUUUAUUAUUAUCGGCUUGUUUUCCUUAAUUUUGUUUACAACAUGUCAAAAACAGAACAACCCAGUGAUGUACGCUUGGGAGGCAUGGAUAAUAUAUUCUUAAAGAUAGAGCACCCUCGUCGUACUAUGGCUGUCACUUCUUUAUGGAUAUUCAAAAAUCCUGUAGAUAUAAAUCGUAUAUAUACUGUCAUGACCGACUAUUGUAAGAAUGCACCUCGUUUCGCUAGAGUCCCCAAAAAUGAAAGCUUUUUUCGAAAACCUAUCUGGGCUACACCUUUAGAUUGGAAACCUGAAGAUAAUAUUAUUAAACAUACGUUGGAAGAGCCUACUCGCAAAGCACUUCAAAAAUAUUGUGCACAACAGGUUCAAACCCCAUUUAACUACACUAAACCACUUUGGGAGCUUCAUACGAUUUAUGGACUAGAAGGUAAUCGUUGCGCCGUAUUUUUCAAAGUAAGUCAUGCCAUCUCAGAUGGUGAGGGACUUGUUCGAGGUAUUUUGAGUACGACAUCUUUAAAAGACACAAUGAAAAAUAUGGAAAAACAACAAGCUGUUAUUUCUCAUCGUACCAAGUCUCCAAAAAACCAAGUAUUAAACUUAGAGAACAAAGUACCAAAGAAGUUAUUAGAAACAUUUCCAAGUUUCAUAAUUACCAUCUUGUCAUUUUUCUAUAUGCUAUUUUGGAAAAUAUAUAUCUACUAUAUUACUAUAUGUCAUGAUUUAUAUGAGUCAUUUUUGACUAUGAUACCUGUGAUGCGUAAGGACUUUUACUAUAAGGGUUUACAAUCCACUAAAAAAGAAAUGGCAUGGUCGGAUGAUAUCAAGCUUUCAGAUAUUAAGAUUAUUCGACAGGCAUUUGGUGGUACUUUGAAUGAUGUGAUGCUGACAGUUGUUACAAGAUGUAUCAAGAACUAUUUAGAAAGCAUUGGAAAGAGACGUGAUAACUAUAUUACAUUACUUAUUCCUAUAUCUUUACGUAAACCAAGUGACUGGAGACUUAAAAAUGUGGUAAGUGGAGCAUGGGGCUUCUUUUCCAUGAAGGAUUUAGAAACAAAACAAUUAUUAAAACAAGUAAGAACAGAAAUGACGGCUAUCAAAUCUUCACGCUUGUCCCUUCUACUUUAUAUAUGGUUUGAAUACAUUUUUGGCUCAUUACCUGGAUUAUCACUUCCUUUAUCAGUCUAUAAUCAUUACUGUGAUAUUGGCCAUGGUGUCUUUACUAACGUACCUGGACCACAAACUCGCAUUACUUAUGCAGGUGAAGAAAUUGAAGAAUAUAAAACCUUCCCUCCUCAAAAUGGGAAGGGAUCAAUUGGUAUUGCCCUCCUUUCUUACUGUGGUAAGGUCAGCAUUGGUGCCUUGGCAGAUGUACACAGUCAAUAUCCUAACCUAACUGAAGGGAUCUGUCAAAGAUUUGUUGAAGAAUUUGAGUUCAUUCUAGAAGAAGCCAAGUUGGAGCUUUCAAAGAAAAAAGACAAAUCCUCCUAAAUUAGGUCUUUUUUUUUUUUUUU